CACUACUAUAUAACAAAUAAUUUGAGCCGCUCUAGAAUGGUACUGAGGCAGGAAUAUGGCGACCCAAAAACAACCUGAUGGGUUUUUCCCAAACAUCUUCGCCGGCGGGGUCGCCGGAGGGGUUGCAGCGGUAAUAACAUCACCUUUGGAAGUGAUAAAAACUAGAUUACAGAGUUCGAAGCUUUAUGGGACCGGGCUGAACCAAGGUCUCUGCAGAUGCCUCCAGGACGCAGUAAAUAAUGAGGGUAAACGAGCCCUUUUCAAGGGACUGGGAGUAACUCUAUUGGGGGUCAUCCCAUCAAGAGCGGUUUACUUCACAACGUAUACUCAAGGAAAGAGGCUUUUUGAAAACGGGACCAGGUCCCCCUUUCAAAUACACGUCUACUCCUCCGUCCUCACAGGUGCGGUUAACGUGACCUGGUCCAACCCUCUGUUCGUCAUCAGAACCAGACAGCAGCUACAAGUGGACUCUAAAGGUCGGCCCAUGUUGUCAUUCUGGAAGUGCAUGGUCGAUACGUUCCGUAGUGAUGGUAUCCUGGGCUUCACACGAGGAAUGUCUGCUUCUUAUAUCGGUAUAACUGAGACUGUAAUGGCGUUAGUCCUCUGGGAACAGUUCAAGAAGAAAAUAAACGAGUCCUACGGCGCUGGGCCUAUCCAAAGCGCCGUAGCCGCCGCUGGCGCUAAACUUAUCGCUACAACUAUAGCUUAUCCGCAUGAGGUGAUACGGACACGUUUAAGAGAAACAGCUGGAAAAGACAGAAAGUUCAAAGGUUUCAGACAAACAGUUUUGUUAACGAUUGAGGAGGAAGGGGUUAGGGGCCUGUACAGAGGUCUGCUUCCUCAGCUGUUCAGAGUGGUCCCCAACCACGCCAUCAUGUUCCUCACCUUCGAGAUGAUUCUGCGAGUACUGCGCACUGAUAACCCACCCUGAACCAAUCAAUCCAUGGAACACCUGCCCAACCGACCCCAACCUUGUUUUUUCACAACAAAUGGACGGCCAUGCUUCUGGGGAGGCAUUGCACCUAGGUUUUGAUUUGUUGAAAGGUUGCAUAAUCAUGUGUGUCAAACUCAGAGCUGAUGUGCGUUGCUUCCUCAGCAGGUGGAACGUUCUUGUGAACAUUAUACAGUUCCCGGACAUUGGUCGGAACGCGAUUAUCACAACAUUUAUUAAGGAGUCUGCCUUUUUUACGAGAAAGCGAGACUUUAUUUAUGACGAUACAGAAAGGCAUGAUAGAUCUAAAAGAAUGCUUUGAAACUACAACUGUUAUAUUACGCGCAGAUUAAGAAAUCUGAACGUCACUUCUGAAAUUUGAUUCACCAUCGGUAAAUAAAAAUUAAUAACCACUGGUCAUUGAUCUCAUCUCGGUCAUCAACACAUGUUUUGUAGCAAGUUUUUAUACAAAUUAUACUCAUAGUAAAAUAAAUAUUGUGGACUGCUGGCAUUAAAUGGUUAAAUCAGUUAAACAAUCAUUUUAUACAAUUUGUGGCCAGUUUGAGGUUUUUGAGUGGUUAUUUAGAUACGUUUUUAACUACGAGUUUUUACCGUCAGUGUUAAUUUAUCAAACUUUAAAUGUAGUUGCACUUUGUAGUGUUUGAUUUUUAUUUCGCCCAGUUUGAUGGACGAUUUCAGCUGGAUUAUUCAGCGGUUUAAAAUUUCGGAUUUGUCUUUCGGGUGAUCAUAUUAUUCCUCAGAUUAAAUAGAAUAAAUUAAUGAUAUGUAUAAUCGACAUCAACAAUCGUGAUAAAAUCAUAGAUUUUGAUUUUUCUAAAUCUUCUGAUGAUUCGUAGGAACUAUUAAAUGUUUGCUCUCGUUAGAGCUCUCCUCUAUUGAAACGAUGUGUUUUAAAACCUAACUUCAUAAGAUUCGGUGCAUGGAUUAGAUAUUUAAGGGACUGCUGGCCACUCGGCACACAGAUGAUUUAUAUACCUAAUCAAUUAACAAACAGAUUGGCCUGACAAACAUUUAUUAAUAAAAUUUCAAGACUACUCAGCCCUUGGGUUUUUAAUUCUCUUUUUUUUAAUGAGCUGCAAACUUGUAGAACUUAAAGGUCGCAUUUCAAUUUUUAAAGAGAGUUUAUUUUUAAAAAAGUUAAACAAAAUCAUAAUUCUUCACAAUCGCACAAACGUACAUUGUAACUCAUUAUAUUGAGGAACACAGAUUAGACUGAAUAUUAAACAAAAUAUUCCUUCCUUCUCUUCCUAUUGGGUUUCUUCCUACUCUUCCUGUUGAUAUGAGCUCCUCUCUACUCUGGUUGUUGAGCUCCUUCCUUCUCUUCCUGUUGAGCUCCUUCCUUCUCUUCCUGUUGAGCUCCUUCCUUCUCUUCCUGUUGAGCUCCUUCCUUCUCUUCCUGUUGAGCUCCUCUCUACUCUGGUUGUUAAGCUCCUUCCUUCUCUUCCUGUUGAGCUCCUUCCUUCUCUUCCUGUUGAACUCCUCUCUACUCUGGUUGUUGAGCUCCUUCACUCUGGUUGUUGAGCUCCUUCCUUCUCUUCCUGUUGAGCUCCUCUCUUCCUGUUGAGCUCCUCUCUACUCUUGUUGUUGAGCUCCUUCCUUCUCUUCCUGUUGAGCUCCUCUUUACUCUGGUUGUUGAGUUCCUUCCUACUAUGGUUGUUGAGCUCCUUCACUCUGGUUGUUGAGCUCCUUCCUACUCUUCCUGUUGAGCUCCUCUCUACUCUUGUUGUUGAAGUCCUUCCUUCUCUUCCUUUGAGCUUCUCUCUACUCUUGUUGUUGAGCUUCUUCCUGUUGAGCUCCUCUCUUCCUGUUGGGCUCCUCUCUACUCUUGUUGAGUGCUCCUUCCUCCUCUUCCUGUCGAGCUCCUCUACUCUGGUUGUUGAGCUCCUUCACUCUUGUUGUUGAGCUCCUUCCUUCUCUUCCUGUUGAGCUCCUCUCUACUCUUGUUGAGUGCUCCUUCCUUCUCUUCCUUUGAGCUUCUCUCUACUCUUGUUGAGUGCUCCUUCCUUCUCUUCCUGUCGAGCUCCUCUACUCUGGUUGUUGAGCUCCUUCACUCUUGUUGUUGAGCUUCUUCCUGUUAAGCUCCUCUCUUCCUGUUGGGCUCCUCUCUACUCUUGUUGAGUGCUCCUUCCUUCUCUUCCUGUCGAGCUCCUCUACUCUGGUUGUUGAGCUCCUCUCUACUCUGGUUGUUGAGCUCCUUCCUUCUCUUCCUGUUGAGCUCCUCUCUACUCUUGUUGAGUGCUUCUUCCUUCUCUUCCUGUCGAGCUCCUCUACUCUGGUUGUUGAGCUCCUUCACUCUUGUUGUUGAGCUCCUUCCUUCUCUUCCUGUUGAGCUCCUCUCUACUCUUGUUGAGUGCUUCUUCCUUCUCUUCCUGUCGAGCUCCUCUACUCUGGUUGUUGAGCUCCUCUCUACUCUGGUUGUUGAGCUCCUUCACUCUUGUUGUUGAGCUCCUUCCUUCUCUUCCUGUUGAGCUCCUCUCUACUCUUGUUGUUGAGCUCCUUCCUUCUCUUCCUGUUGAGCUUCUUCCUUCUCUUCCUGUUGAGCUCCUUCACUCUUGUUGUUGAGCUCCUUUCUUCCUGUUGAGCUCCUCUCUUCCUGUUGAGCUCCUCUCUAAUCUGAUUGUUCAGCUCUUUCCUACUCUGGUUAAAGUUCUGUCAUAUUCUUGAUGUUGAUCUCCUCUUAUGAUUUACCAGUAAACAGUGGACAUGAUGAAACAAUCGCGACACUGUAGUUUGUCUUACAGUAUAUACUUUGAAAUCUAUCAUCUAUACCUCUGAAUCCAGCCGCGUUAUAAGACCUGGUCCUUGAACGAUGAUUUGUGAUUGCCAUCUGUGAUAGUAAUUGUUAAUGUGAUCCUUGAUUCUAGCAGAAGGAUCAUAUCCGUAUCAGGAUGUUACAAAAGGAGCAUACUUCAUAAUAUGUAUUCUAUGUAGUUUGAAGAGUCUAAUUAAUACUCGUUUUGCCCAAGAA